GGACAACCCCAAGGGCCCUCAGAGGGGUGGCUGCGUUUGCUCAUAGGAAGUCCGAGGCACCGGGGGCCUUCCAGGCCCGGGACGAGGGGCGGUCGCAGAGGCCCAGCCAAGGUCAGAGCCAACUUCUCCGAAGACAGUCCAGCCCUGCCUUCAGCAGGGAGGUAACCAAGCCCCUUGUGAAGCAGGCAGAACCGGCCUGGCAGAGCCCAGCAGAGCCCCCUCAUCCCAGGAGCCCCGAGAGGCAGCCUGAGGGGGACCGGCGGCUCCAGGGGUCCUCACUGCCCCCGAGGACGUCAGCCAGGACUUCUGAGAGGGAGCAGCGGACAGAGAGACCUCUGGAAAUUGGCCGGGCGGGCCCAAGGCAGCCUUUAGGAGGGUGGCAGAGUCAGGAGGACCCACCAGGAUCCUGGGGUCUGCACAGACACCUGGAGAGAGGCUGGGGCAGCCAGGAGAAGGGCCUAGGCCUGAAGGGCUGGCAGGGACUUGGGGAGCCCAGACAGGGGCCUGCCAGAGACCCAGAGGGAACAUGGAGGGGCCCCACUUGCCACAGGGGGCAAUCAGAGGCCUGGGAGGAGCACCCCCAGAAUGGGCUACGGGAGCCCCCUGACAGGCCAGCUCAGAGGGGCUGGGGCAGCCUGCAGGAGCUGUCCAGUCCUCACCAGCCUAUGAGCCCCUCAGAGAACUCCAGGGCAGGCCCAGUAGAGUUCUCGAAAUCCCAGAGGCCUGAGACGCCCCCUGCUGUGGGCUGGUGGGCCGAGGGCGCCUGCCCACACCUGCAUGGCCCCGAGAGGCGACCUGAGCUUGACUGGAGGGACCUGGUGGGCCUUCUAGGGGCCCCCAGAGAGGGAGCUUGGACCCACACGGAGGAGCCGACUCUCGCCUCCCGCCUUCCGAGGCUGAACUGGGAAGGCCUCCUGGAGCUCCUGCAGGCCCAGCUCCCCUGCAAGGACCCAGCUGGACACUGGGGUGGCCCGGCCACAGCUUCCCCAGGCAUGAAGGGUACCCUGGAGCUGGAGCAAGAGCGGCACAGCCAGCCUGAAGGAGCGGCAGGGGCUACCCUCCUCAAUGGAUACAGCCCUGGGCAGUGGCCCCAGAGCUCUGCCCAGCCGUCCAGCCCUGCCAGCAUCUCCACCCAGUGGCCAAAGACCAAAGUGACGAGUGGACCAGAGACCUCAACUAUGGCUGAUCUGGAGAAGGGCCAGCUGGGGCGCAGGAGCCCUGCAGAGGGCCCCAGCUCACCACUGGGGGAGUUCCAGUCUAAGGAGCUUGAGGAGUCAGAACGAAGCAGAGGCCAAGACUCACUGACUGGCCAGAAGCAGGCAGACUCGGCAGACAAGAGGCCAGCAGAGGGCAAGGCUGGGAGCCCGCUCAAGGGCCGACUGGUGACCUCAUGGCGGAUGCCCGGGGACCGUCCCACGCUGUUCAAUCCGUUCCUGCUGUCUCUGGGGGUCCUCAGGUGGCAAAGGCCCGAUCUGCUCAACUUCAAGAAGGGAUGGAUGUCUAUCUUGGACGAGCCUGGAGAGUGGAAGAAGCACUGGUUUGUGCUGACCGAUUCAAGCCUCAAGUACUACAGAGAUUCCACCGCUGAGGAGGCGGAUGAGCUGGAUGGUGAGAUUGACCUGCGCUCCUGCACGGACGUCACCGAGUACGCAGUGCAGCGCAACUAUGGCUUCCAGAUCCAUACCAAAGAUGCUGUCUAUACCUUGUCGGCCAUGACCUCGGGCAUCCGGAGGAACUGGAUUGAAGCUCUGAGGAAGACUGUGCGUCCAACCUCAGCCCCAGAUGUCACCAAGCUCUCGGACUGCAAUAAGGAGAACACACUGCACAGCUACGGCACCCCAAAGGGCUCCCUGAAGGCGGGGGAGCAGCGGGGGGGUGGCCCCCGGAAGGCGGAUGGGCAGCGGCAGUCGCUGGACUACGUGGAGCUCUCCCCGCUGACUCAGAGCUCCCCGCAGCGGGCCCGCACCCCAGCCCGCGCUCUCGACCGCCCAGCCAAGCAGGAAGAGCUGGAGCGGGACCUGGCCCAGCGUUCCGAGGAGCGACGCAAGUGGUUCGAGGCCACAGACAGCAGGGCCACAGAGACACCAGCGGGUGAGGGUCCACGCCGGGGCCUGGGCGCCCCCUUGACCGAGGACCAGCAGAGCCGGCUCAGCGAGGAGAUCGAGAAGAAGUGGCAGGAACUGGAGAAGCUGCCCCUGCGUGAGAACAAGCGGGUGCCUCUCACCGCCCUGCUCAAUCAAGGCUGUGGGGAGCGCCGGGGGCCCCCAAGUGACAGUCAUGAGGCGCUGGAGAAGGAGGUCCAGUCUCUCCGGGCCCAGCUGGAGGUAUGGCGUCUCCAAGGGGAGGCUCCUCAGGGUCCACCCAAGUCCCAGGAGGAUGGCCACAUCCCCCCAGGCUACAUCUCACAGGAGGCGUGCGAGCGCAGUCUGGCGGAGAUGGAGUCCUCGCACCAGCAGGUGAUGGAGGAGCUGCAGCGGCACCACGAGCGGGAGCUGCAGCGACUGCAGCAGGAGAAGGAGUGGCUCCUGGCAGAGGAGACAGCAGCCACUGCCUCAGCCAUUGAAGCCAUGAAGAAGGCCUACCAAGAGGAGCUGAGCCGAGAGCUGAGCAAGACACGGAGUCUCCAGCAGGGCCCAGAUGGCCUCCGGAAGCAGCACCAGUCAGACAUGGAGGCGCUGAAGCGGGAGCUGCAGGUGCUGUCAGAACAGUACUCGCAGAAGUGCCUGGAGAUCGGGGCCCUGACGCGGCAGGCCGAGGAGCGUGAGCACACGCUGCGGCGCUGCCAGCAGGAGGGCCAGGAGCUGCUGCGCCACAACCAGGAGCUGCACGCCCGCUUGUCUGAGGAGAUUGAUCGGCUGCGUGGCUUCAUCGCCUCCCAGAGCUCCAGCAGUGGCUGCGGGCGCAGCAGUGAGCGGAGCUCCUGUGAGCUGGAGGUGCUGCUGCGAGUGAAGGAGAAUGAACUUCAGUACCUGAAGAAGGAGGUGCAGUGCCUCCGCGAUGAGCUCCAGAUGAUGCAGAAGGACAAGCGCUUCACCUCGGGAAAGUACCAGGACGUGUAUGUGGAGCUGAAUCACAUCAAGACGCGGUCAGAGCGGGAGAUUGAGCAGCUGAAGGAGCACCUGCGUCUCGCCAUGGCUGCCCUACAGGAGAAGGAGGCCGUGCGCAACAGCCUGGCCGAGUAGAGGUCCUGGUAGUCCAGCCUCACUGCACACCCUGCAGCCCAAGGGGACCAGUCGCCCUCCUUCCCUGCUGGACGGACGUCAGAAGCCAAGCUUUCUCCCCACCCUCUGUGGGCCGCACGUGCACUCACAUCCACCACACACAUGCACUCACAGGCACACACACACAUAAAUACACAUGCACAUGGGCACACACACACACACACACACACACGUACACACACACAUUGUCUGCGUAUCUGAGCGUGCCCCUCGCACUGGGUCUUACCUUGCACCUUCUUCAGGAUUUUAUAUGUGAAGAGAUUUUUAUAUAGAUUUUUCCUUUUUUUUCCCCCAAAACACUUUAUACUUUUUAAAAAGCAAUUCCUGGUGGCAUGUGCCUCCAGCACUGGCUCCCCCUCUGCCUCCAGCCGCCUGCGACUCGUGGGCUUCUGGACCCGUAGCCCUGGCCUGGGUCCAGCGGAAGCCCAACAGCAGCAGCGCCAUUGCAGGGCUGGCUCUGGGGGGAGAGGCAGGGAGCCAGCCACCCUCUUCCCGCCCUACCUCCCACUAACUACUUCCUUCCCUGGGAGGACCCGCUCCCUGGGACUCUGGUCAGAGGGACAGAUGGACAGAGGGAGCCGGCAGCUGUCCCCUUGGCCCCCUCCUCUGAGAGGGUGCUGGGCUUGGAUCUGCUGGAGCCGCCCCAUGCAGGCAUUUCUCUCCUGCUCCAUGAGCCUUCUUAACUUAAUAAAAUGUUCCGACAGC